AUGCCGUUGCUGGGGUCAGGCGAGUACUUGCCCGCUUAUGAAUAUACUUCCAUUAUAGACAAUGUACUGAACCCCCAUUUCCUGCAUGAGAAGUUAGCUUAUGAAGAUGAUACCAUAAGAGAGGAAGUGAUAGCUCCGUACAAGUAUAUUCGGCAGCUAGCUAGUAAUAACAAGAAUGUUCGAACAAAGUUCAUACAUGUACUUGACCAAGUGAUUUUCAAGAUUAAUGAUGAAACGGUUCUUUCAAAAAUGGGCGAGAUUAUUGAGCAGUUGCAUAACGCCUCGCUUUUGAUUGAUGAUAUUGAAGACGAGUCAUUGUUUCGCCGUGGCAAACCAGCAGCUCACAUAGAAUUUGGCACUCCGCUAACUAUAAACUGCGGUAACCUUGUUUAUUUCGAAGCCUUUGACAAUGCUUACAAGUUGUGGCGGGAGAAAAACGGCAAUAGUGAAAAGCUCGUUGAGCUCUUUGCCAUCUUUACUCAAGAGAUGAAAAACCUUCACAAGGGACAAGGGGAUGACAUAUAUUGGAGAGACAAUUUGACUCUGCUAUCUGAAUUGCCAAGUAUGAUGGAGUACUUCCAAAUGGCAAAGAAUAAGACCGGUGGGCUAUUUCGAUUAUCUAUAAAGUUGAUGGCACUUUUCUCGCCAGUGGAGUUUGAGAAAAAUUUCAAUUCCGGCUCUAACAUGCAAUCGUCGUCGUCGUUGUUGCCGCCUCUGCAUCUGCCCCUCAAGAAAACCAAGAAAAUGGAUGAUUUAAUAACCGUGGCAAAUUGUUUGGGCAUAAUGUAUCAAGUACGAGAUGAUUAUUUGAAUUUAGUUGAUUCCAGGUAUUCCCAUAUGAAAGGAGUUACCGGAGAAGAUCUUUUUGAAGGAAAACUCUCUUUUCCAAUACUCAUAUGCUUAAAACGAUAUUGGCAAGAAAAACGAGCUAAUCUGCAAUUGCCCAAUUCGUUUUCGUGCUUGGUUGAAUUCUUGUACAAUCAUAGAUCGCAACAAGAGAGAAUGGAGAGAAAGGAUUUACAUGAGAAAGCUAUGAAGGAGAUUAUAGAAUCCAACGUUUCAAGCGAAACUUUUCAUUGUUUAAUGGCAUUAAAGGAGAGAAUAACUUCUUUUUCACUGUCGAUAUCUGAUACAGACCCGAAACCGUUACUUGAUUUGGUAACUCAAUUGUGCGAUAUCUUCUAA